CCUAACCGCAGCAGCAAUGUUGAAGCUCUCUAUCUCGUUUGCGGCCCUUGCGGUCCUCCUACCGUUCGUCCAGGCUCAGUCGCCUGUCUGGGGUCAAUGUGGUGGUAUUGGCUGGACUGGCCCUACGACCUGCACGACUGGCAACGUUUGUCAGGAGUACAGUGCCUACUACUCUCAGUGUAUCCCAUCUGGCCAAGCGACCUCCGUUUCCUCUGCCCCGUCCCCGCCGCCUUCGUCGCACUCUUCCACCUCCACCGCUCCGAGCGGCGCGUCGACCUCGUCUGCUAAGCUCAACCAGCUCGCCAAGUCGAAGGGAAAGCUCUACUUUGGCACUGCUACGGACAACAGCGAGCUUUCUGACACCGGGUACACUGCUAUCCUCGAUGACAACACGAUGUUUGGCCAGAUCACGCCCGCUAACAGUAUGAAAUGGGACGCCACCGAGCCUGAGCAAGGUCAAUUUACCUUCAGUGGUGGCGACCAGAUUGCGAAUCUCGCCAAAUCGAACAGCAUGCUCCUGCGUGGGCACAACUGUGUCUGGUACAACCAGCUCCCGAGCUGGGUAUCCAGCGGCAGCUUCACCGCGGCACAGCUCACGUCCAUCAUCCAAAACCACUGCUCUACUCUUGUUACUCACUACAAGGGUCAGGUCUACGCCUGGGACGUCGUGAAUGAGCCGUUCAACGACGACGGUACCUGGCGUACAGACGUCUUCUACAAUACCCUCGGCACCUCGUAUGUCUCCAUCGCGCUCAACGCCGCGCGCCAGGCGGACCCGAACGCGAAGCUGUACAUCAAUGAGUACAACAUCGAGUACGUGGGCGCGAAGGCGACUUCGCUGCUGAACCUUGUGAAGACUCUCAAGUCGCAGAGCGUGCCACUUGACGGCAUCGGGUUCCAGUGCCACUUCAUCGUCGGCCAGGUCCCGACAGGCCUCCAGAGUCAGUUGUCGACGUUCGCGGCGCAGGGCGUCGAGGUCGCGAUCACCGAGCUCGACAUCCGCAUGACACUGCCGUCGACGCCGGCGCUGCUUCAGCAGCAGAAGACGGACUACCAGAACACCAUCGCGGCGUGCUCGGCCGUCGAGGCAUGUGUGGGUGUCACGGUCUGGGACUGGACUGACAAGUACUCCUGGGUCCCCAACACCUUCUCUGGACAGGGCGCUGCUUGCCCUUGGGACCAGAACUUCGCCAAGAAGCCAGCUUACGACGGUAUUGCUAUCGGCUUCGGCAACUAAGUGGAGCCGCGAUUAUUGCCUCCAGCUAUUAGCUGUUCUUCCUAAUGUUGUGUCGAUAUACGUCUACUCUCUCUUUGGGGCAAUUCACAUAAUUUGACUGUUCAGAAGUGGCAACGAUGAAAUGGGCCGACCUGUGGAGCGAGAAGUACUAGUAGUAGCCCUGGUCGGAGGAUUGGCCACGAAAC